AUGUCGCACUCUCCUCGUGCACCAGCCUCUUCCUCCUCUCCCGCUGCACCAGCCUCUCGUGCCUCUCCCGCUGCACCAUCCUCACCCGCCUCUCCCGCUGCACCAUCCUCACCCGCCUCUCCUGCUGCACCAGCCUCUCCCGCCUCUCCCGCCUCUCCCGCCUCUCCCGCCUCUCCCGCCUCUCCCGCCUCUCCCGCCUCUCCCGCCUCUCCCGCCUCUCCCGCUGCGCCCGCCUCUCCGCCCCCAGUAUCCUCCUCCUCCUCACUGGCCGAGUACUCCAUCCUCUCAUCCUUGAAGCGGAUAGUCCACACGCAAAAGGCAGCCGAUCUUGCGAAAAAGCAAGUCGUCCUGGCGCCAAAGCUCGCGGUGCAGACACGUCGGCGCGAACAAGCAGCGGCACGGCGAGCGCGGUUCACACCAGCCGGGCUCAAGUCCGCGCUACGUCGCUCCACACACCGGAUGACCACGCGGUCGAAGGGCGAGCCGGCGCUGGCGUUCGGGCAGAACCAGCACGCGCUUUUUAACGCCGCUGCGGCACCCAAGGAAACGAAUGGUACGGUCUUGCAUACGUAUGUGCUCGACAGAAGUCAGAUUCGACGCUUGAGGUUGGAGUAUAAUAUGACGCCGGAGGUGGAGAGGGAUGAGUACAAAUGGGGAUGGGUCGCCGCCGCGUUUCAGAAGUUUGAGGAGCAUAAGGCCGGCCUGUGGUCGGAGGGGUUCGAGACCGUUAAGGUCACCUUUGAGGUCCCCCCUGGGUAUGAGUUCAUUCAGUGGUGGCCGGAGUCGUUGGAGAUUCUUGAUGAUGAGGCGGUGGCCGACGCGGAGGCGGAGAAGAGCGAGGAUGAGGAUGAGGAUGCUGACGAGGUCAUGGAGGAUAGCGAGGAUGACAACAAGGAUGAGGACGAGGUUGAUAUGCAGGAGCGCAAGGAUAAGGAUGAGGAUGAGAACGAGGUUGAUAUGGAGGAGAGCGAGGAUGAGGACGAGGAUGAGGACGAUGAGGAUAUGAGCGACGAGCCUGCGGAUGACGAGGACGAUGAGAAGGAGAGUGAAGAGGGGAGUGAAGACGAGUAGGACGGCGAUUCGGAGAACAUCGACUACGAAGAGGGGGCGGAAGUGAAAGCCAAUCCAUGAGAUAGCGAUGGCGAUGGCGGUGGUAGUUGUGCGGGUUCGGGGG